AUGAAUUAUUUGUAAAAAAGUGGUCGUGCUUUACUUGAGAUAGUAGGAUAAAUGCAUUGCAAGCUCUUUCUUUAAACUAUUAAAGUUAUAAAUAAAAGUGAUAAAUACAAGUUCAUUUUUUUUGAAAUUGGAAUUGAGAUAGAGGUGUUUAUUGUUGUUGCCUCAAUUCUUAAGAGUUUUAUGACUGUUAUCUCUUGCUUGGCUACUUAUUGGUUGUCAAAGAUUGAAGGCAAGCGAUAACGUCAACAUAGAUUUCAGAGUAAAAGGUACAUGAUCAAAUCCUACAUAUUUUAGAAAUAAAAAACAAACCUAGGGAUGA